GGUACGGUAUUGAUGGUAAUUGGUCAUCUAUUGGUCUCUUCGUAGGCGAACCGGCUCAGGAGAUCAAUGUUACUAUAAGCACGAGUUUGGCCGAGAUAUGGGUCAUUGAGACGGGUGGUUGCGGACCAAGUGAGUAGUUUAGAUCGGGCAGCACAAACAAGUUGUCGGCUUUGAACAAAUAUCUGACGUAUCCUAACUAGAUGGCCGUUGUGUCGAUGCUCGCGGGGGUGUUUAUAACACCAGCGCGUCGCAUAGUUGGUCGCCGCUCGGUGCUUGGCAGCUUGGUCUAGACUAUCUUGGGCUGGGGGGUAAUGGCGACUAUGCGAUGGAAACAGUCGUCGUAUACGACAGCGUACUUCGUUGGCAAACCUCUUUCAAUAAGCAACUUGUUGCUGGCGUCAAUGAAACCGGUUACUAUACUGGAUUCUUCGGUUUAGGCAUAACUCCCGGUCGCUUUAACAAUGUUGUCGCGCAGAGUCCCAUAUCUGAAUUAGUUGAGCAGUCAGGCACCAUUCCAAGUCACAGCUAUGGCUAUACAGCUGGGGCAUACUACGGUGGUUCACGAGGCACCCCAUUAUCGCUGACUCUAGGUGGUUAUGAUGCUAGCCGUUUCGAACCCCACGAUACCGACUUUAGCCUUAAUGCAACUACGCGACAGCCAGAAGUACUUCUGAGAGCUAUCACCGCCUCCGUCUCCGAUGCUAGCAAAGCACCAACAACAUGGCCAGAGUCAUCGACCUCGCUAUCAUAUUUCAACGAAUCAGUGACCGCCUUGCUUGACAGUACAACGCCCUAUCUUUGGCUUCCUGAAACCAUAUGUGACCGGUUUGCGGCUAGUCUAAACCUCACAUGGAAUGAAACAUUUGGACUAUACCUGUUUCCCGAUAACGACAAUCUAGAGCGAUACCGCUCGUCUCCCGACCUCUCGCUCACCUUCACAUUAUCUAGCCCGGACAACCGUGACGAUUUUGGCCAGCCUCUUAACGUCCCUGGAGUUGUGAAUAUCACUAUCUCCGCCAACGCAUUUAUCCAGAGUCUCCGCUACCCGUUUAUGAACUUGAUCGAAUAUGGCGCGUCAGCGGUGCCAUAUUUCCCUCUAAGGCGGACUAAUGACAGUGGUCGGGUUGUCAUUGGAAGAUCCUUUUUCCAGGAGGCAUAUUUAAUUACAAAUUAUGAAACGAGUAGUUUCUCAAUCCACAAGGCUAAGUUCCCUGACAACCCGCUAAGAGAUACGUCUAUCAAAACCAUAGCAUUCUCCGAUAAGAGCCCCUAUCCUGGUCCACCGCCUCAACCUGGUGAUGGAGGGGGUCUCAGUCAAUCCCAAACCAUAGGCAUAGCUAUUGGAGUUUGCUUCAUUUGCAUAAUCGGCAUUGUGGUUAUUAUCCUCUUACGCCGAAGGAAGAGGAAACAAAGGCAGCAAGCUGAGGAGAAUUCCGAUGAGACUUUCAAAGAUAAGGCCUCCACGAUCUGCUCGUCACCGCCUUCGACCCCCGUAUCUCGUAUUGUCUCAAGGAUGUCGAAGAGGUGUGGGAUGAGGAAGUCUAUCAAAGGGGGUAUCCCGGAAGAGCCUGAAGAGCCUGAUAUACAUAGGGAUAUGAAGAUAUAUGAAUUCGCUGCGGAUCAAAGCCACGAACGCUAUGAAUUGCCAGGACCGGACCCUGUUGAAUUGGACGGCACCAUGACGAAGAAAGCCAUGAAUAUCGGAAACGAAGAAGCUUAUAAAACGGCUGACUACCACUUUGCGAAGUAUCAAUUGGAUCAGCAGAAACGAGGGUUAGUGCCCGAGUAUAACCCUCGCGCGGUGGAAGCACCGACCCACACAUAUGAUGAUGAUAUCGGCCCAACGGAACAUAUUCCGUAUAGGUCAUCGCGCCAUAUGGUCGAGGAUCCGUCGCCAACAUCGAACCAGACGUACGAGAAUUCGAGCAACAAUAUGCCUUCGCCAUUAAGUUCCCAGAGCGAUUGGACCAACAGAAUGCCGGAGGGCUACUCUCCUAUGGGAUUUGUCCCUACUCAAACUCUUUCACAUUCGACUUCGAACCCGAACUUUACAUAUACGCCGUCAUCGCCGUCAUCGUUGAGCAGUCCCGAAACGGCCUCAUUCACUCGUUCCGCUUCGACUGCUGGAUAUAUGUCAUCACAUUCCUCUCAGCCUAUACCGCCUCGCGCUUCGUUUCAAAGAGCACCUAUUGAUGCAUCCCGGGUGGUCUGUUUAGGGCCUUUACCGGACAAUGUAUCACUACCCAACCAACCUUCGCAGCAACCGAUACCCGGAUAUCUCAACAUCGAUGGCCAAAUGGUCGCCUACCCCCCUAUGCCUCCCAUCCCGCAAGACGAGGAAAAUCGGCGCAUGUCCCGGCGUGUAUCUACGGCUGACACGCUAGGCAGCAACUAUACCGUCGAGGAAGAGGCACGCAUGGCCGCAGUACGUGAUGCGACACAUACAUUCGGCCGACUAGACGGUGCUGAUCUCAUUCACAUACCGCAACCAGCAUUAAAACGAUUUAGCUGGGAGGAGCAAUAACAUGUAUACCAUACAACAUCUACUCAAAACCCUCUACCUUUUUGAUACCCCAGGGGAGGCCUUGCGCUUUUGUCUCUUUUCCCUUGUUUUACUCAACCAAUUUUGCUUGACGCCAUUUUCCUUUUUUUUUUUUUUUGUCUAUUCUUUUUUU